AUGGCAAGCCCGAGCCCCGUUACGCUGAUCAACUCGUUCGAGGUGCCCGAGGGCAGGGUGGACGAGUGCCUCGCCCUGUGGCGCGAAGCCGCUGCCGUGCUCAAGAGGCAGCCGGGCUACAUCGCCACCCACCUGCACCGCAGCCUCAACCCCAAGGCCAAGUACGCGCUGGUCAACGUCGCCCAGUGGGAAACCGCCGAGCACUUCAUGAAGGCGGUGGCCACGCCCGAAUUUCAAGCGGUGGCGGCCAAGUUUGGCGACUUCCCGCACGAGCCCAGCCUGUACACCGUCGCGGACGAUGCCAGCGACCUCUAG